CCAAAACAGCACCCAGCUGCCCACCACAAUGACCAGAAGGGCCCCAGUUCCUGGCUUCUCUGUGGCUCAGACUCUGGUCCUAUCGCCUACACUUGGGAACUCAGAGCAUCCUCUUUCUCUUUGCUGAGCUGGUGGCUGCACCGAGUUGCCUCUGUCUCUUUAAGAGAGAAAGAGAGCAAGAGACGGAAAUCAGGAAGUGUGAGAGAGCUGAGAGCCAGGACUCAGUGCUGAGCUUGGUGUCCCACCGCCACAAGGAGGCAGGGAAGAAACCCACUAGUCCUAGCUCCUGGGGUGGCACAGGCCAUUGCAACUGGCCCUGCCUGUGGGUCCUAAGGGCCUUUGGCCACCAGGAGGCUGAGAACACUGCUCAUGAAUGACAGCAAGCCCUGAAAGUUCUGGGAGUGCCACCCAGUCCCACAAACCUGCAUCCCCUGCAGUGGAGAUGGGCUCAGCUCCUGGACGUGCCACAGACAGAAAGCAUAACAUACGCUCACCAGGAAGAGCCUUUGCCUGACUCAGGGCAGCUCAGAGUGUGGGGCAGCAGGUGACCAGCCAGCUCAGGGCAGGAGAUGCAGAGCACAACCAAUUACCUGUGGCACACAGACGACCUGCUGGGGCAGGGGGCCACUGCCAGUGUGUACAAGGCCCGCAACAAGAAAUCCGGGGAGCUGGUUGCUGUGAAGGUCUUCAACACCACCAGCUACCUGCGGCCCCGUGAGGUGCAGGUGAGGGAGUUUGAGGUCCUGCGGAAGCUGAACCACCAGAACAUCAUCAAGCUCUUUGCCGUGGAGGAGACGGGGGGCAGCCGGCAGAAGGUACUGGUGAUGGAGUACUGCUCCAGUGGGAGCCUGCUGAGCGUGCUGGAGAGCCCCGAGAACGCCUUUGGGCUGCCAGAGGAUGAGUUCCUGGUGGUGCUGCGCUGUGUGGUGGCCGGCAUGAACCACCUGCGGGAGAACGGCAUCGUGCAUCGCGACAUCAAGCCCGGGAACAUCAUGCGCCUCGUGGGGGAGGAGGGGCAGAGCAUCUACAAGCUGACAGACUUCGGGGCUGCCCGGGAGCUGGAUGAUGACGAGAAGUUUGUCUCAGUCUACGGGACUGAGGAGUACCUGCACCCCGACAUGUAUGAGCGGGCGGUGCUUCGAAAGCCCCAGCAAAAAGCGUUCGGGGUGACUGUGGAUCUCUGGAGCAUUGGAGUGACCUUGUACCAUGCAGCCACCGGCAGCCUGCCCUUCAUCCCCUUUGGUGGGCCACGGCGGAACAAGGAGAUCAUGUACCGGAUCACCACGGAGAAGCCAACUGGGGCCAUUGCAGGUGCCCAGAGGCGGGAGAAUGGGCCCCUGGAGUGGAGCUACACCCUCCCCAUCACCUGCCAGUUGUCACUGGGGCUGCAGAGCCAGCUGGUGCCCAUCCUGGCCAACAUCCUGGAGGUGGAGCAGGCCAAGUGCUGGGGCUUCGACCAGUUCUUUGCGGAGACCAGUGACAUCCUGCAGCGAGUUGUCAUCCAUGUCUUCUCCCUGUCCCAGGCAGUCCUGCACCACGUCUACAUCCAUGCCCACAACACGAUAGCCAUUUUCCAGGAAGCCGUGCAUAAGCAGACCAGUGUGGCCCCCCGACACCAGGAGUACCUCUUUGAGGGUCACCUCUGUGUCCUUGAGCCCAGCAUCUCAGCACAGCACAUCGCCCACACGACAGCAAGCAGCCCCCUGACCCUCUUCAGCACAGCCAUCCCCAAGGGGCUGGCCUUCAGGGACCCUGCUCUGGACGUCCCCAAGUUCGUCCCCAAAGUGGAUCUGCAGGCGGAUUACAACACGGCUAAGGGUGUGUUGGGCGCUGGCUACCAGGCCCUGCGGCUGGCGCGGGUCCUGCUGGAUGGGCAGGAGCUAAUGUUACGGGGGCUGCACUGGGUCAUGGAGGUGCUCCAGGCCACAUGCAGACGGACUCUGGAGGUGGCGAGGACAUCCCUCCUCUACCUCAGCAGCAGCCUGGGGACCGAGAGGUCCAGCAGCGUGGCUGGAAUGCCUGAGAUCCAGGAACUGAAGGUGGCCGCAGAACUGAGGUCCAGGCUGCGGACUCUAGCUGAGGUCCUCUCCAGAUGCUCCCAAAAUAUCACGGAGACCCAGGAGAGCCUGAGCAGCCUGAGCCAGGAGCUGGUGAAGAGCCGGGAUCAGGUACAUGAGGACAGAAGCAUCCAGCAGAUUCAGUGCUGUUUGGACAAGAUGAACUUCAUCUACAAACAGUUCAAGAAGUCUAGGAUGAGGCCAGGGCUUGGCUACAAUGAGGAACAGAUUCACAAGCUGGAUAAGAUGAAUUUCAGCCAUUUAGCCAAAAGGCUCCUGCAGGUGUUCCAGGAAGAGUGCGUGCAGAAGUAUCAAGCAUCCCUAGUCACGCACGGCAAGAGGAUGAGGGUGGUGCACGAGACCAGGAACCACCUGCGCCUGGUCGGCUGUUCUGUGGCCGCCUGUAACACAGAAGCCCAGGGGGUCCAGGAGAGUCUCAGCAAGAUCCUGGAAGAGCUAUCUCACCAGCUCCUUCAGGACCGAGCAAAGGGGGCUCAGGCCUCCCCGCCUCCCAUAGCUCCUUACCCCAGCCCUACACCAAAGGACCUGCUUCUCCACAUGCAAGAGCUCUGCGAGGGGAUGAAGCUGCUGGCGUCUGACCUCCUGGAUAACAACCGCAUCAUUGAACGGCUAAAUAGAGUCCCGGCACCUCCUGAUGUCUGAGCUCCAUGGGGCGCGUGAAGCAUCCUGAAGCAUUAGAAUGAUUCCAACACUGCUCUCCUGCACCGUGAGACCAACCCAGGGCAAGAUCCCAUCCCAUCACAUCAGCCUACCUCCCUCCUGGCUGCUGGCCGGGAUGUCGCCAGCAUUACCUUCCACUGCCUUUCUCCUUGGGAAGCAGCACAGCUGAGCCUGGGCACCAGGCCACUUCUGUUGGGACCCACAGGAAAGAGUGUGGCAGCCACUGCCUGGGCUGACCUUUCCAUCUUCUCCAGGCUCAGGUACUGCUCCUCCGUGCCCCUGGCUGGGCCGUGGGGAGAAGAGGCUUACAUAUGCCCUCCCACUCCCUCUGGUUUACAGGACUUCACUCCCUAGCCAACAGGAGAGGAGGCCUCCUGGGGUUUCCCCAGCGGACUAGGUCAAACGACCUCAUCACAGUCUUCCUUCCUCUUCAAGCAUUUCAUGUGGAACCCAGCUGUCUCUGCUCCCCUGUGAUUUCUAAGGGCCAUCACUCUCAGCCCCAGGCAACGUAGAGCCUCCUGUUCUUUCUAUGCUUGGUCUGACUGAGCCUAAAGUUGAGAAAAUGGGUAGCCAAGGCCAGUGCCAGUGUCUUGGGGCCCCUUUGCCUCUCCCUCACUCUCUGAGGCUCCGGCUGGUCCUGGGACAUGCAGCCAGGCCUGUGAGUCUGGGCAGGUCCAAGGCCUGCACCUUCAAGAAGUGGAAUAAAUGUGGCCUUCAUUUCUGUUUC